CUUCAUCAGGCAUCACCUGAGAACGCAGCCGUGCCGGGAUGGCCUGCUGUCACUGGCUUUGCCAGGCUCGCUGUCUGGUCUCUCAGGCUCGCUCACUCUUUUUUUUCUCUGCCUAUCACAGAAGGCCCGCCUUGCCAGGAUCCGUGUGGCCAAGACAGGCAGCUCCAACGCCUACCUGCACAGCAAGCGCAACGGACUCCUCACAGAGGCCAUGGAGCUGAUGGGCACCCCAGAGGAGGGGCACGUGGGCAAGAGCACGUCACUCGCCGAGAGCCAGCACCACCACCUGCUGCACUGUCUAGAGAAAACCACUGGGUUGUCCUAUCUUGUGGAUGAUCCCCUGUUAUCUGUACGAACCUCCACCAUCAAGAACCACGAGUUCAUAGAUGAGCAGAUGUUUGAGCAGAACUGUAUGGAGAGCUCGAUGCAGAACUACCCGUCCACAAGAAGUCCCUCACUGUCCAGUCACCCGGGCCUCACUACCACCUGCUGCUCCCGUCGUAGUAAGAAGACCACGCACCUGCCCAACUCCAACCUGCCAGCCACUCGCCUGCGCAGCAUGCAAGAGCUCAGCACGAUCCACAUCCAGGGCAGUGAGCAGCCCUCCCUCACUACCAGUCGCUCCAGCCUUAAUUUGAAAGCAGACGACGGACUGAGACCAAACUGCAAAACAUCCCAGAUCACCACAGCCAUCAUCAGCAUCCCCACCCCCCCAGCGCGAACCCCAGAGGGGGAAAGUCGGCCACCCCCUGCCAGCCCCGGCCCCAACACGAACAUUCCUUCCGUAGCCAGCAAUGUCGUCAAGGUCUCCGCCUUGUAAAACCACUGGACAGAGGGCCCGUGCGGGGAGUGGGAGUGAAGGGGGCUGGCAUGUGGGUGGCCACUGGCACCACUCUCUCCCCUCCCUUCCCCACUUUCUGCCGGCCCCGUUGCACCCCUAGCACUGAGACUUGUGCCUGGAAGGAAAAGGAGGCAGCAAAGGGCACUUGAGGUUCACUGCUGCUGGCGUGGCCGUGGCCGUGGCAUCUCGCUGGGGCCAGAGGAAGGGAGGGGGGUGGGAGAUGGGAUGGCGGUGGGGGGUGGGGGGUGUAGAGGCUGCGUGCCAGGACAGGGCCUGGAGGGGGUAGCCUCAGACCCAAUAGCAGUUGUUUCUGGAGACCCGGGUGAGGAAAAUACAAGACCAAGAACAGCACAGAGGCCGAGUUGUCACAUGCAAAACAGGAAGAAAAUAUAACACUGUGUAUUUAAGCACCUUUUUCAAGGCUCUUAAUGGAUAAUAUUUAUUCAUGGGAAAAGGUGGAAAACAAAACACCAACGGAUUUUUGUGAAAUAUUUUUCUCCAUGGACCCAAUACCUUUGAACCAAAACAAUGCAUUUUGUGAGGGUUUUGUUUUGUUUUUGUUUUUGUUUUUCUUUCUCCUUUUA